AUAAAAUAAAACCUUAAACCCAACCCUCCCCUCUCCUCUUCUCAGCCGCCAUUUCUGUAAAAUCACUGCCGGAAGAGACACUUCGAGGUUGGUAUUUCACCCUUCACUGAGUUUGAGCAGCGAUUCUCACGAGUUCUGAGUCGCGGCGAGGAGGUUAACGUGUCUCACUUUCUCCCACACUUUCGAAUCCCUCUAAACAACGCCAUUUCAACCAUGGAAGAAAAUUCCGCCGCCGGAUACGGCGGUUCGAUUCUAAACUUCCAAGCAAAUGUCAGUUACGAAGCAAAACUAAAAGAAUUACUUCACAGAAUCACUUCAGCAGAGAUAAAGCUAUGUUCAGACGCUACAAAAGAGUUCAUAAAGCUCUUAAAAAGCGACAAUGGAGCAAAACUUCUUCGUGAAUACAUUACCGGUUCUCCGAAAUGCUCGGAGUUAUUGGAAGCUUGGAAAUUAAGACAAGGUAAACAAGGUUUGCAUUACAUUUUACAGUUAAUCUCUGCAUUACUUAGUCAUUGUAAUGGUAAACUGAAAAAAGGUUUCAAUGAUGAUGCUGAGAGUGUGAGUGUUGCUAGGGAUUUGGAUAAAUUUGCGCGGUUGAUUGUUUCGGAUUAUUUGAAUGAUUUAUAUAAGGAGUUGAAUUGUAAGGAUUUGAAGAGACAGAAAGUUGUGUUGUUGCUUUUGGCUUCGAUUGUUAGGCGUGGACCGAGUAUAGCUUCGGAGGUUGCGAAAAGUUUUGAUUUUAAACUUGCGGGGUUUGUGGGGUUAGGGAAGAUGACGAAGAGGAAAAGUGAAGGUAAGAAGGAUGUUUUAUUGAGGAAGUCGUUUGUUGGAUUUGCAAUGUCAUUUUUGGAGGUUGGGAAACCGGGAUUGUUGAGGUGGAUUUUGCAGCAGAGGGAGAUGUAUUCCGGUGUGUUACGUGGAUUGGAGAAUGAUGAUGAUGAGACUGUUGUUUUUGUUUUGUCUACUUUGAGGGAUUGUGUACUUGUUGAGGAGUCGUUGGUGCCACCGGGGUUGAGGAGUGUUUUGUUUGGGAGUGCGACAUUGGAGCAGUUGGUUGGUAUUUGUGGAAGGGAAGGUGGUGGUGAUGCGGCUAAGAUUGCUUUUGAUGUUCUUGUUUUGGUUUGUACUGAUCCGAGUAAUGGGUUGAUGCCUGAUUUGAAGAGGCGUCCGCAUCCGUUGAAGGGUAAUCAGAAGAGGAUGAUGGAUUUGUUGAAGAAGAUGUGGCCUACUGAGGUUCAGUAUCAUAAGGAUUUGCUUUUGGCUAUUGUCAAUGCCAAACCUACUUUUGGUUUGUUGUAUUUGAAAGAGUUUCCUUACAAUGUUGAAAACUAUAAAUCAUCUUCAUGGAUUUCUGCGAUAUCUGUGGCAGCUGAUUUAGUUUCUUCAGUCAGCAGUGGCAUUUCCAAAGAAUUUGAUAAUUCCCGAUCAAAUGGUCCUCCCUCGAUUGAUAACAUGGAUUUACUUGACAUUGUGAAGUGCUUGUUUCCUCGUCCAUUCAGCAGGUCAAUGUUUAAUAAGGGCUUGCCUCAUGCUGACACUUUUGUGAAACACGGUACUCUAAGGCUUCUUCUGGAGUUAUUGAAACUUCUGGACUCUCUUUUUGGUGGUUUGAACCAUAAUUGUAGUUCAGGAAAUCCUUUGAUGCAACACAUGGUGUCUGUCAAGCAAGAAAUUCAGAAUUAUGUUCAACCUUUUCUUCCUGAUCUGCAAGUUUUAUUAAAUUUACUCUCCUCUUUAGACACCUGUUAUGAAUCCAAUAACUCAAGUUUGAAGAGAAAUGCAUCUCAUCUUGAACAUGAUGGGAAUAGUAGAAAGAAGUUAAAAAAGGAUACUUCUGAGAGUGACAUAGAUAUAAUUGUUGGUGGGAUAAGUUCUGCUCCAGAUAUUGAUUUGACUGGUAACAGUGGAACAGUUGACGAUGCACUCAAAGAAGAUGCACUAGAUGAUGCAGAGGAUCUCAAGAAUAGCAUCGGGGAAAUAUGGGGUUCGGACGUUCAUUCUAUUGAUAUUAGCACCCCGAAAGAUGCAGAAUCAUACUUGCUGUCUAAACUGCUUGAUGCUCUCAGAUAUUUUAAUCGGACUUUGGCUUUCACUUUGGAUCAUUCGUUUGAUUCUUUCAAAGGUCUUCUUAAAAAUCCAUUAGAGUUAACAAGUCAUCUGCAAGUCUCACUGUUGUCUUUGCUUGUGGAAUACAUUCAAUGGUGUCCAGAGAAUGAAAUUCCUAUAAGAACUCCAACCAUGUUGUACAAAUAUCUACAGCCAUUCAUUAAAUUGUUUAUGUUUUCACCAAUCAACAAGACAAGGAAUCUGGCAUACAGGUUGGCUAUGGCAGCUAUGUUCAGUACCGGUGCUUUUGACGGGAACCUUAAUGAGAUACAUGCAUGGUUUUUGUAUUUACCAGGUUAUCAAAGGGAGCAAUCCCCAGUAAAUAUCUUGGAGGUGGAUGUUUUGCAGAAUUUGACUUCGUUUGUCAUAACAUUCUUAUGUGAUGCUGUUUCUACACUUGGGAAUAACUUGGUCAAAUAUUGGAACAUCCUUAAGACUUAUGUACAUUCUUUGGAAGGUGAUAAAGAUUUGUCACCUGAUGUUAGUCCUUUUAUCAUAUGUUUACUGGAGAAGUGUUUAAAGGUGAUCCGGUCUAAAUCAGGAACCUGCUCGUCGCCAAAAAAAUCAAUGGUAUUAUUAUACACUUGCAACACAGUGAAGUACCUCUUGCAAACACAGGUCAAUGCUGAAUUGUUAUCUUCUGUAGUUAAUGCAGACUUGACUGAGAGACUUGGCGACAGUUAUGAAUAUGAUGAUGUCUUUCCUGAGUGGAAGCCUUUGAAGAAUUUGUUGGACUUUGUAGAGGGCAUUUCCCACCAACAAAAUAGUUGCCUUUUAUCUGGGAAAAAAGAAUCUGUCCUUCCAGAUGGUUCUUUAGGAAGUGCGCUUGGUGAUGUAAAUGGAUUAUUAGGUGGCAGGGAUGGUCAUCAGAUGGCUGAAACAACUGUAGCUUUCAUAUCCUCCAUUGUAUGUGAAAAUACUGAAAAAAUAUCCAUGAAUCUGCCAUCAGGCGUGGUCAUUUCACAUGAUUUACUUGGUGUUCCUUUCUCUCUCUUAUCAUCCAUAUGUUUUCUUGAUUAUAGUGUUCUUGUCCAUGCUUCUAAGAUGUGGUCUGUGGCGUUUAAUGCUGGCUUGGAUAUGGCCAUAUUGGAUCUGUGUAGUGAUAGUCAAAAUGCUGCUCCUACUGAGAAAUCUGAUUCUGCUGCAUUUAGUAUUGUUCUAAAACAGACACCUUUCCAUGUGCUAUUUCCUGCAAUGAUGUGUAUGGGCGGUCUUUACUCAUCAAACCUUUCUAAGAUGCAAGAGCUUCUUCUACAUAAAGUACGUGAAUCCAAAAAUGACCUCUCACUCCUUCCAAAUCUGCAGCUUGUUCUGUUCUGGACUCAUCAGAUUCAGUUAAGUCAUAAAGUUAUCCCAUUAGCUGAAAUAGAACAACUUUUGAAUAUCUGUGUUAUUCUUGUACAGAAUUUAUUAGCUCAAUUAUUGGUUCCAGAAAGUGUUUCUGACCUGUCUAUAAAAGAUUUUGCUUUCUCUUCAUCAAGCCAUUGCAUUCAAGAAGCAAUUAAAACUACUUGUUGUCAUCCUUCUGUUCUGAUGUCAUUUUCCUUUUCUUUGGGAAAUAGCCAGAAAAUUUCAAAUGGAAUUACAGGAACCGGCUUUGAUAUCCUAAAAGUACUAUCCAGUGAGGGGCUUAAAAAAUUUGGCAAUCCAAUUUUAAACAUAUUGACAACGAUGCUAGACAACAUGUGGUCGUUAUUAGGUGUGCACCUUUAUGGAUCGAAAGCUCGAGAUGUUGCUAAUAACUUUGUGAAAAUCUUUAAAGGCCUUCAACAGAAGCUGUUUCUGGAUGUCAAAGAAAGAUUUAAGUUGUGCAUUGGUACUAAAGAUAUGACGCCUCUCCUUCCAGAACUGUAUGCCUUACACACUUUGCAUCGGUUUCUAUCCCCUUUUCAGCUCCUUGAAUUAGUAGAUUGGAUGUUCAAAAGAGUUGAUAUGGAUGAUUUGCCAACUAAGAUAUCCUUUUUAUCCGUUGGAUGUGCCUUAGCUGCUGAUGCUUUCAGUGCUUUGUCUUUUUAUUUUCAGCAGUCAAGUGGAAACAGGGUACCAUAUGAUUUGUUUUGGGAAAUGGGUGAAAACAAUGUGAAAGCUGAUAUUUUUGAGCAGAUCUACAGUAAGGUAGUUGGCUUCUCUGAAAAUUAUGAAAUAGAUUGUGCAGAUAGGUGCUUGCAUGAAGCUGUCAAUGCUUUUUAUAAGCAGAAAAAUAUGCAACAAGAAACUUUUCAUCCUUUGCUGUUGGUUGUGCCGAAAAUUAUAAUGAUUACGCCUGUGAAAAUGGUUUCUCUUUGCCUGUACAAAAUGAAUGCAGAGAAAGUUAAAUUUUUACAUAUCCUCACUGAACUGAGCUCUCUGCAUUCAUCAGUAUUUGGGCAUUUAUUUUUGGGUAUAGUGAAUAGAAGUUUAAAUCAUGAUGUUGGGGUUACAGGAGCCAUUGAUCUUAGUCUUUCUGAAGAUCAGUUUAUACUGCUUUUACCAUCCUCUUUAUCAUAUUUGAGGUUAAUUUUGAAGAGAUUUGGGGAUCUGAAUCAUGAAGAUUUUAAACAGAUACCUUACUUCUAUUCAAAAAUCCUUUUAAAAGGAUUUAGUCAGUGGAAGAGUUUUUUGUCGAAAGACAUAUUUGAGGAAGAGUAUGGAGAAUCUAUCCCACAAUCUGUUCAAGAACUUCUCUGUCUUAUUGAUUGUAGUCUCCUUGGAAAAUCAAUUCAUAUGUUGCAGUAUCACUUUACUCUUAAUGGAGAUUCAAUAAAACUUAAGAAGCGUUUAAAGCUAUUCAAGUCCAUUUGCCCCAAAUUCGCCUCACGUGAUGAGCUGAUGGAUUGUGAUAGUCAAUUUAUUGAUAGUUAUUCUCUUUGCCAGUCUUUCAACUUAAUCAGUCAUAUUGUUGCAAAGAUAUCACUUUGUAAAAUGCUACUGUUUCAUGAAAAAGCGGGCGGGGAUUUGAAGGAGGUUGCUGUGGAAAUGCGAAGCAAAUUGGAAGCAUCUAGAAUACAUUUCAUAAACGUUUUGGUGGACAUUUGGCAACUUAUUGUUCAGAAAUUUUCUUUAGCAUCUGAUCAAACUGGAACUGGGAAAAGCACCAAAAUUUCAUUGCUAUAUAAUCACUUGGAGGUUUUUGUGUUAACAAACAUUCUUGAGUUGGCCAUAGAGAUGCAAAAUGAUCUUAUUCAAUCACAAUCCAUUCCCUUCCUUGAGCAAUUAAUUAGAUCUGCUCUUCUCUAUAGGUUCAGUGAUCCUGUGACAAUGAAAACCCUCCAGGUUAUAGUAACUCGGCUCAAUGAUGGUACACUAUCAUAUGAUUUAUAUCUUCAGUUAUUACUUGCCCACUCUCAGUUUGCUCCCACUCUCCAUUCAGUGCGCAGACCAGCUGGUUCCUUUUUGAAACCUGUAUCCAGCAUUCUGAAAUGUAUUGCCACUCCUUCUCUUGACCAGUCUAUAAAUAAUGAGAAGCAAAAGGACUCAACAACCAAGUUCUCUCAAGGACCAUUGGAAAUUGUUAAAUUCCUUUGGAUACUCUUAUGGACAAAGGCUCGUCACACUGGUUUAGAUUCUCAAAAUGAGAUUGGCAUAAAUUUAAAAGAACUGCAUGCACUACUGCAUCAUUCUUAUGGUGCAACCCUCAGUGAGAUUGAUUUGGCAAUAUACAAUGUGACAAAACAAAUUGAGUCUAUGACUGGAUCAUGCCCUCAGAAUGUAGAGUUAAAUUCAGAAGCAAUUGAGGAAUGGACCAGAAGUCAGCAAAGGGACAAUUUUCCAAUUAACCCGGACAUAUGUGUGUCAACAGUGCUCUAUUUUCCUUAUGACAGAAGUAUUUCUGAUGAAGUGCCAUCUCUAAACAAGAUUGAAACUGACAAUAUCAGGAAAAAGAUACAUUUUGCUCAUGUUGAAGUCAGAGAACGUUAUGAUCCCAUUUUUAUCUUGCAAUUCUCAAUUCAUGGCCUGUCUAAAGCAUAUAUAGAGCCUGUAGAAUUUGCUGGAUCAGGGUUGCUUGCAAUUGCAUUUGUUAGCAUGUCUUCUCCAGAUCAUGGGAUACGAAGAUUAGCUUAUGGCACACUUGAUAAAUUUAAGAAUGCAUUAGAGAAAUGCCAAAAGAGGAAGGAUGUAAUGGGACUUCGGCUUCUAAUGAAUACUGUUCAAAACAGUAUAGAAGAGCCAUGGCAAAGAAUCCCAUCGGUUAUUGCUCUGUUUGCUGCAGAGGCAUCUUGUGUUUUGUUAGAUUCAUCGCAUGAUCAUUAUGCAGCUAUAAGUACAUUCUUGAUACAGUCUUCUAAAUUCAAUAUGAAGGUUAUACCUCUGUUUGAUAACUUUAUUUGGAGUUCAUCUGUCAAUUUCAAAGCUGAGAGGUCUUGGAUACUUCGGCUAGUAUAUGCAGGGCUGAACUCAGAUGAUGAUGCCUUGAUAUAUAUAAGGAACUCUAUUCUUGAGACUCUAAUGAGCUUUUAUGUCUCUCCUCUCUCUGAUGCUGUAUCAAAGGACCUGAUCAUUGAGGUGAUAAAGAAAUCUAUUAAAGUGCAAAAGAUUGCCCGUCAUCUAGUGAAGCGCUGUUCUUUAUUUUCAUGGUUAUCGUCUCUCAUUUCAGUUACCAGAAGGGUUGGGCUUAAUGGAGAUGAAAAUAGAUUUUUCUUGAAGCAUGUAUUGGAUGUAUUGAAGGUUGUCAGUAAUGUUAUUUCAUCUGGAAGCAUGUCCAAGUGGGUGCAAAAUCAUGGCCUUGAGCAGCUCAUAGAGCUUUCAUCUAGUCUAUUCAGUUUCGUACUCAAUGAUGUAACAAUGACAGAUGAAACUGCAGGAUUAGUUAAUCCUUUUCUACAAAUGAUAGUGUCGGUGUUGAAAUUCUCUCAGAAAAGAAAAGUAAGUCAGCCACAUUUCACCUUAUCAAUUGAGGGUUUAUAUCAGAUGUACCAGGCUGGCAGUGUGUCUAAUCAGGCUACAAAAGGCAUUAAUCCGGAUUUUGCUCUUGAAGCGAUACUUAUGGGUGCACCUGCUACUUCCCUUUUCUUAAUGGAUCAGGAAAGGCUUCAAAAUUUUAUUACCUGGGCAAUUGCAACUGCUUUAGGCUCAGAUUCUUCACAAAAGCUGAGGUCCAAUGAGUCUCGCAUUAUUGUUAAAAAAGAAUUAGGGGAAGAAUCUCACGAUGACUCGUUAGUGUCGAAAUUUUUGCGUUGGUUAACAGCAUCAGUAAUCAUUGGGAACCUUCAUCAGAAAUCCAAUGGUAUAUAUUCAGAGUUUGCUGAAACACAUAAACUAGAAUCCCUGCAUUCUUUACUGGUGCAUGUAGAAAAUACCUCAGGCCAAAGACAUGAUAUUAAUAUUGGUUGUAAGGAGUUGCUUGCUUCUACAAUUUUCUAUCUCCAACUACUUCCUGGUAUAAAUCAGGAACUGCUACCAUCAGUUGUAUCUGCUCUCUGUCUCCUGACUUUUGGUGCCUCUAAUUUACCAGUGGGAAGAACUGAUUUAUCACAAGGCGACAACAUAUCAUCAAAUUCGUCAAUAGUACGAUGCCCUCCCGAAGCUAAUCCGGCUUGGAGAUGGUCGUUUUACCAGCCAAGAAAGGAUCAUUCACUUGAUCUCACUGGUAUCGAGGAAUAUCAUGCUUGCCAAAAUCUGUUGGUGAUUGUCGCGAAUGUGCUUGGUGGAAAGAAAAUAGGGUCGCCAGCUUGUUUGUCCCCUCUAGAUGUAGAGAUAUCUGCCUUAAUCCAAUGGGAAAGAAGUUUACUAAGAAACUGAAUGUAUAUAUAUAUAAACCCAUUUUUUGGUAUGUUGGAAGUGAAUUGAUUAGUGGUAUCCAGCUAGGUCCAAUCAGCCCGAAUCCAUUUUUGAGAAGCCGAAUGAUCCAACUACGGCAGAGGCACGAUCAACACUCAUCGGCAGAACCGAAAAGAUCAAAUUGGCAAUUUUGAAUUACAUUACCCUCGACGAGACAUGAAAGGAUCGUGGGUACUAAUGGCACACAUCUUCAUCGGAGCACGAUGAGGGGCAAAUAGCUGGCCAUGCAACAGCAGAACAGAGAAUAGGAGGUGAGAUUGUUAUUAUAAAUAGGAAGAGAGAACAUGAUUACACAUUCACUAUAGAGACUAGCUAACUUAUGAAGAUUUCUUGUAUUAUUUGAGCUAUUUUCCUUGUAUUCAAAUGUUGUAUUGGGCAGUCCCCCAUUUUUGGCACAUGAAGUUGACCACAACUAAUUCCUGUUAUUGAACUUUUAAAUGUCUAUAAAGUAAAAUUUUGAUUAAAAA